AUGGGAGGUGCAAUGAAGGCCCCUACUGGGCGUGCUACAUGGCGAGGACGUUACGUGAGCGUAGUAGUUACAAGAACAGACAGUGACGGAACGUGGAAAGAGAUUCUGCAGGGCCAUCAAAGAAGAAGCGGAGAGGGGGCAGGCAGGUCGAUCCCGAAGGCUAUCCGCAUCGCCGUAAGAGACCACAGCGUCGCCGUUCCACCGUGCAACGCGUUGUGUAAUCCUGGGCACGCAGACGUUUUCAUGGGAUGCUUUCGCAUCCUUGCAAACAACUCCCCCAGUUGUACAAACGAUGGCGAAUUGGCCGAUGUAAGUAUUCACUUGCUGUGCCAAGGUCCAUUACACAUCUUUCAGGGCCAUAGGGCCAUGGUUUGGCGGUCGAUUGCAGAUAGGGUUACGCUGAUACCGUGUCCUGCCUCGGCCGAUUGCUGGUGGCGCCGUGGGGUUUUAGUGGCUAUGCACAGUAGCGAGUUCGAAAUAAUCCUGCCCUUCCAGGCAAGACAGUCGCGUCGCGUAACGCACUUCACCACGAAGUGGUGUCGUUUCACGUACAGUGACGAAAAGAGUCGGCACCUAGAUAUAAAAAUCAACGUCAUGUAUCAGACCCCAAAGAGAACAAAAUUAAACGUUGUAGCGCCACUGAAAGUGCGACACAAUUGUAUUGUUAAUUUAACAACUGUAUAA